GCGGAGCCACUGCAGCAGCCUGGGUGGCUGACAGCAUGCUCUGGGUGCUCCCGCCGCUCCUGCUGCUCCUCCUCCUCCAGCCAGGGAACACAGCUUCACAAGACAGCUCAAACCCACAGACGAUGAAUGGGAUUCUGGGGGAGUCGGUAACUCUUUCCCCGAAGCUUCCUGUAGGGGAAGAUAUUCAGUCCAUCACCUGGAUUCACAGCGGAAGAUCUCUCAUCAUCACAAUACCAAAAGAUGAACAGGUCUUAGUGACUGAUCCAAAAUGGAAACAUCGACUGCAAUCCUUGGAGAACUACUCCUUACGACUCAGCAACCUGACAAUGGAAGACGCAGGACUUUACUGUGCCCAGAUAACCAUACCAACAGCUUCAGAGCUUUCCUGUUAUACUCUGAAGAUCUUCAGGCGACUGAGUGUCUUAAAUAUUACUGUGCACCCUGGGCUGUCCAAGACCGGGACCUGCGAGGUCCACCUGGCCUGCUCUGUGGAGAACUCACAUGACGCUCUAUUAAAAUGGCACGGUGCAGGGAACACGUCUAUAUAUGAAGCCAACCUCACCAUCUCCUGGGACCCCAGGAAUCCCAGUGAACAAAAGUACACCUGUGUGGCUGAGAAUAUUGUCAGCAGCACAUCCUCCUCUGUCUCCAUCCAGAGUCUCUGCGAAGGUUUUUUGAAUCAGAAAAAUCAACAUCUUGAUACCAUAUGGAUUAUAGUUGUGGCUAUUUUGAUGUUUACAGUCAUCCUUGUGGGGUUAUUUGUUUGGAGGAAAAAAGGUUGUUUGUGUAGGACAGGUAAAGUGAGGGAGGAUUGUCUGUGGAGACAACCCCUGGGAUGUGGCCACACACCUGCUAAUUUCCCAAGGGAGGUGGGUCCUACCGGAAAAUGUGCAACCAAGCCUCAAGGCCUGGCUGCCCUUCUCCUUCAGGCGCCCCCUCCACCACAUCCUCUAGAGAGAUACCUGUGGGCGUGGGAUAGGGUGUGGGAGCCUGUCUCACUACACUCACAAAUGUCAAUUUCCCGGAUUUUAUUUUUCAGGCAUCUUUCAUUUCUCUACUCAGCAAACCCAGAGUGCUGCCAAAAAGUGCCCUCGUGUAGGCAAAGGUCCCAGGAGAGCAGAACACUGACUGUGCCUUCCUAUGUUAACAGCAGCGACCGUAAGGAACUUAGAUUAUGUCUCCUUCUCUCCAGGGAACACCGUGUAUGCUUGUGUCACUCAUCCAAACAGGCAAACGAAUACCCCAACACCUGGACAAAGUGGUGGUCUCUCCACCAUUUACUCCACAGUUCAUCAGUCCAAAGAGAGUAAAACUAUUCAUUCUAUUCAUUCUGGGAAAGCUCCCCUUGACAACAUCAUCUAAAUUGCUGAGAGGUCUCGAAAGGAACUCAGGAAUGACACAGCUUCUCCUGAUCCCAGGGGAUAGAACACAGCUUGGUUUCUGCCUGUCAACAAAAUUCGAAUAUUUAGGAUUAUCGCUUCCAAUUCUUCUGACCAGAACCUGCUCAAGUACGUCAAACAUCUAAGGAAUAACAUCAUUUCCAGCGUGUGAUCCAAAUUACAUUUUCUAAUCUGCUCCAGGGCAAAACAUGCUUCUGUGAACAAGUCUGGACUUUGACUUUCUCCUUGGCAACUGAUGGAGAUGUGCUUGACAGAGAGUUAUAAUUUAGAGGACAACCACUCCUCUCCUUUUAUGAAGCAGCAGGAUUUUGAUUCACUAGGAGAGAGUACAGCGUCUUGGUUACCUAGGUUGUCUCUGGAAUUGGAUGGGCCUGUUCCCAAAUCUUCAUGUGUCAUUUACUAGACAUACCUCCUGGGACAUGUUCUGGAACCUCCUGAGCUCUGGUCUCCUAACCUGGAAAAUGGGAAUCCGCCUGGUACUCAAACCAGGAACCGCAGUUAGCCCUCACAUCAGCUGUUCUAUCAGCACACCCUUUGGACUCUACCUCCAAAUAUAUAUCUUAGACCAAACCACUUCUCUCCAAACCUUUAACCUCCACCCCAUAUCAACCCACCAUCAUCUCCAACCCAAAUACUACAGUAAGCUCAAAACAGAUUUCCCGGUUUUUGCUCUUACUUCCCUUUGGUCCACUCUCUACGAGACAGCCAGAGUAAUGUUUUUAAUAUAAAUCAGAACCUUCACUUGUCUGCUUAAAACUGACCCUGCAAGACUUGCCAGGCACUUAGAAAGAAACUGAGUCUCCAUGGCUCUGGGUGGCCCAUCUGCAGCCUCGGCCAUCAGCUCUCCCCACAUCCCCCUCUCUGAUCUGGCUUCUCUGAUUCUCUUUCAGCCCCUCCAGCAGAGGAGACAGUUUACUCACAUCUGCCUCAAGACCCUUCUUUGCCCGCCCGGCUCCUUCUUACUCUACAGGUCUCAGUGCAUAUAUGUCAACCUCCAAGAAAGACCUCA